UUUUAAUAAUAAUCAUGUACCAGCUGCAGUUUGUCUGCAGGGCAACAUGCAAUGGAGAAGCCACAUCRCUGGCCUCGCGUUUAGCUUCGUUUUUGUUGUGUCAUAUUUCACAAAUAAGUUUGUCCUGUCAGUGCUGAACUUCACCUACCCAACUUUAUUUCAAGGAUGGCAGACGUUUGUUGGAGCUGUUCUGCUUCUGCUGUCUCAAAAACUGGGAUGGGUGGAAAUGAGCCGCAUCAGCAGACCUGCUGCUCUCUCCUGGCUUCCCGCCUCCUUCCUGUUUGUUGGGAACAUAUACGCAGGUUCAAGGGCCUUAUCUCGCAUAGACAUUCCUUUCUUCUUCACACUUCAAAACUCCUCUCACGUCGUCACCUUUGUGAUCCUGAAGGUCCUUCGCAGAGAUCAGACGACGCAGCGCCUCAAAUUUAUCAGUGUCUUUCUGAUGCUGCUGUCGGCCGUUAACCUGGCCCCGUCUGACCCUCGGUUUGACCACAGCGGGUACAGCUGGGCUCUCUGCCAUCUUGUCUGCGUUGGUGCGUACAGGGCGUUCCAGGUUCACAGGUCCAAUAAUUUAAGUGAUAUCGAGCAGCAGUGGAUCAACUACCUGUUCAGUGUGGUUCUGCUGGGCCUCGCUGCUCACCCCUCAGGUGACCUGACAGGUGCCUUCCAGUUCCCCUCCCUCCACUCCCACACCUUCCACUGCGGCUGCUGCGCCAGCGCUCUGCUGGGCUUCCUGUUGCUGUUGGCUUCAGUCAAACUGAAACGAGGACCGUCCAUCGAACACUUCACAGUCUGGGUGUUUUUAUCAAAGGUUGCUGCCAUGUUUCUGUCCCCGUUAGUUUUCAGCUCGGACUUCAACAACAC